AUGGUAGCUAUUCAGGACCUCAUCUCCGCGCAGGUGUUCUUCGUGUUGGUUCUCUCCGCCUGUGUCCUCUGCGACGACGCCCACCUCGGAGGCUUGCUUCACGGGAAGGGCGUCCAGCAUGCUCCCGCCCACUACGCCUUCAACUACGGCGUUGCAGACGCCCACUUCGGCACCCACUUCGGCCACGCGGAGGCUCGCAAGGGCUACAAGACGGAGGGCGUGUUCUACGUGCAGCUCCCCGACGGCCGCCUCCAGACGGUCAAGUACCACGCCGACGAACACGGCUUCCACCCCCAGGUCACGUACUCGGGGGUCGCGCACCACGCCGCCGGGUACCACUAG